AUGCAUUUCAAAACAAAAACUUCUGCUGCCCUACUUGAUAUCAAGAUUGAUCGAGAAAUAUUGGAUUCAGUUACAGUUGCCCUUAAAGAAUGUUUGUUUCUUUCAUAUCAGAAUAUGCAGAAUAUUAUUCUAUUGUUUUCUAUUGCUGAAUUGAUAGAUAAUGCAGCAGCAAGUGCUCGAUCAUGGAUAGGAAGAGCUAAAGAAGCAGCAAGACAUGAUCAAAGAAGAUUAGAGAAAUUCGUGAAUGUUGAAGGAAUGAUACCCUCAUUAAGAGACCCGGAGCGCUUUAGUUUUUGGUUGGCUACCCUCUCCAAUCGGAGGCCUUCAGAAAGAUUGGAACUCCUACGCAUUAGAGAUACCAAAGAGCAAGGAGUGGAUAUCAAUGCAAUCGAUAGAAUUUUGCUUCAAUCUUCAAAGCCAUUUCUUCACACUAAUGUUGAUUGCAAUGCAUUAUUUGCUGCUGUGGUCAGCAGGCAGAUAAAUGUUGUUAAACUCCUUUUGCAGAAAGCAGUUUUGGAUAUAAUUAGAGCCAGAAAGGUUGUUAAGUCUAGCAAUGCGUCUAGAUUUUCAUCUUUGUUAUUCGUCACUCACGCGAAUGACAUAGAGGCUUUGAAAAAAGUCGUUGAAAACAGAAACAUAAAUCUAGAUGAGCAAAAUGAGAGUGGAUUUUCAGCUGUCAUGAUAUCUGCUUCAGAGGGUAGCGUGGAGGCAUUCAAGUUGCUUCUUCACGCUGGAGCUGAUGUAACCAAUCUUAAAAACAAAGAUGGUUUAACAGCUCUAGAUAUCAUAGAUUUGAAACAAAAUGGUGAAGAUGGUCAUAAGGUGAUGUUUGAAUAUGCACUUAAAAAGGGAUGUUUGAAAAAAAUUUGA